AUGACGAAGUGUGCCAUGCCCGUGGGAGAGGAUGUCGGCUUGUUCACUCCCAUGUACGCCCAGCAAAUUGGACAAAGCAAAGACUAUGUCAACCAAGGCGGGCUCUCCCGCAAGACCAUUUUCAAGGCUGUCGACGACGCCCUCGAUCGCCUUGGAACGACCUACAUUGAUCUCUUCCAGAUCCACCGCUUCGACCCAGCCACGCCCAUCGAGGAGACCAUGAAAGCCCUCCACGACCUCGUUCAGGCCGGCAAGAUCCUCUACAUCGGCGCCAGCUCCAUGUGGGCGACUCAAUUCGCUCAAAUACAAUUCGCUGCCGAGAAGAACGGCUGGACAAAGUUUGUCAGUAUGCAGAACUUCUACAACCUCGUCUACCGUGAAGAAGAGCGCGAGAUGAUCCGCUUCUGCAAGGAGACGGGCGUCGGCAUCAUCCCCUGGUCUCCGCUCUUCGGCGGAGCCCUGGGAAGGUCGCUGAAGUCAGACAAGGCAAGCAUUCGCUCGCAAGUCAAGGGCCUGAUGAACCCUGGUCUUACGGAGACGGAUAAGAGCAUCAUUCGCAGGGUCGAAGAGGUAGCCGAGCAGAAGGGAUGGAGCAUGAGCCAUGUUGCGCUUACCUGGAUCAGGUGCAAGGGAGGCAUUCCAAUCACGGGCUUCAACUCUAUCAAGAGAGUUGAUGAGGCGGGAGAGCUGCGCGGAAAGACGUUGACGGAAGAUGAGAUGAAGUACCUGGAGGAACCUUACAUCCCUAGGAACAUCAUAGGGCACUACUAG